UUUACGGAGUCGCGAGGUAAAAAAUGGUAGGAUAGAGUUGAGUGCGGAUAACGGCGAUGAAAAAAUGCGGAUUCGAACGCGGCGGUAACGUCGGUGUCGGUCGGCGGAUGGCGAUGUUUGAUGCUGUUGAAGUUGGUGUUGAUGUGGGAGUGGGACGUGGGAUGGGAUCUGACGUUGGCUGCUGCUUGCUGGCAGUGUGCGACUGUUGGCCGCACGUCCACGUUGUGCCUCUCCUUAGAAAAGGCAUACUUGCAGGAAUCAAGCACAGCAGAGGCAUACUUUCCUCAGGCUGCUGCGGCUGCUCCUCGUCUUGUGGGAGGUAUCGACGCCAUAUCGACGCUGGCCAAGGUGUCGUUGUCGGCGACAGUCGAAACCCAGGCUGGAGAUGGAUGGUGUCCCGCUGUGGCUGUGGUGGCGGGUGCGGGUGCAGUUAGCCGAGCAUUUGCCAUGAGGCUUAGUGCCUUGCCGUGUGCCACCAUUGUCUUGCUUGCUUCGUUUAAUGUCCAAUGGACAUCUGGUUCCAAGCAAAUCGAAAGGAUAACUGUCUCAAAUUGAUUUCCUUUAGGCUCGUAUUUGUUGCCAUGACAGUGAUUCUUAGCCGGCAUUCGGAAGUGGUGUACAUGAUUUCAACUUGAAUCAUUGUAGGUAAAGACCAAGGUUGAACCAAGGAAUGCACUAAUCUCGCUCGCACAAGUGCGAGGCCAAGACCGAGACCUCGUCUUUGUCAGCUGGAUGUCGUGUGUUUGCGGAUCCCGGUCAUUGACCCACUGUGCGACGGCUCGGACGCCGAAC